AUGAAAAGACUGCUGCUCUUCGUUUGGCUGCAGGGGAUAUCAGCCCACAUGGAGAUACAGGGCUUGCAUCACGGUGUCGUUACUGAGGAAGUUGAGCCAUUGACACACAUAGGCAAGGUGCAUACGCCGCAGUUUAACGUUGAGGACCUGCCGAAAAUUGCCGGCGACCUUGUGUCGGCUUUUGUACGGCGCUUCUUGGCGAAGGAAAGCUUAGCGCCGGGCGAGGAGACUUGCCUCAGACAUGGCGCUCAGGCCUAUGUGAAGGACAUCCUACAGGUCGCCAGCCAUGUGGUGAUGCUGGCGCAGGAGCUCUUUGGAUCCCGGGACGAGAUGCCAAAACUUGGCCACUUCGGUACCACCUUCGAAUCCAAUUUUUCCACGACCCUCCCGAUUCAGCAACAGCACUGGAUGGAGGAGAAGCACAUCUUCUCUGAGCGUCGACUCAAGGUGAAGGAUUUGGUUCGGGAUUCCUCUGCAGUGCUCAUUGAACUCGGAAUGGCAGUUCAAAGGGUUGCUGCCCUGGUCCACCAGAUUGGCCACACGUGUCUGCAGAAAGAUGGCGUUAAGUUGUUGGAAAUGGCCAUGGAACACACUGUCAACGUUACCUUUGUCGGCGAAUCGCUCCUGCUGAAUGGCGCAGAUGUCGUCAAAGAGUUUGCAGAUGGAGCGCAAAAGUGGCAUCGCGGUGACAGGACAGGCUUUGGUGAAGAUUUGGGCGACGCUGCGAGGAAGAUUCUCUUUGCGAAGCUGCCCGAAGGUGGUGUGGACAUGCUUGUAGUGCCCAGCUCGGAGAAGCUGGUCAACAUAUCAGAAGCAUUCUUAGAAACCUUUUUUGGGCCGGGCUUCACGGCCACUUUCCGGACAUUGAAACGCGGGGAGCCCCAGAACACCUUCCGCGUGGAUUUGCAUAGCUGUUUCGGCAAAAAUGCUGAUCUGGUCCAUAAGUUGUGGGCAUCCGUCGUCGCAAUCUACAAGAGCCAGGAAGAGAAGAUGAAGCUGAGAGCUAAUCAUAGCUCCACAAAAAAGGCAGAGCAUGAUGUGAAGCAAGCCCUCACCUUCGACCUCAUGCAAGUGCCAGCUGCCCUUGCCAAGUGCAGUCUCGGCCCGAAAAAGCAGGAGAUGUUGGAGGAUGCCUAUAUGGGCAUUAAUGGGGUGGACGCUCUGUCGAUUUCAUUGACUGCGCCCAACCAUGGCGUCACAUUCAGAGGGGACCUGUUUGAGAACUCGCGGAUGAGCCCCAUGGGAAUGUUGAGCGAAGACCUCAGCAAUGAUGGGGAUGGCCGCGAACUUGGUCGAAGCAUUGGCCGAGUCUGCCAGGAAAUGGCCCUCCGAGCCUUCCCCGAGAAGUACACCGUUGACGGCUUCGGCCGCUUGCGAAUGCGAGAAGACUCCGCACUAGCGCCCUUCGUAAUCUUCUUACUUGCUCUGGCACUUUCCGCAGCGGCGCUGACUGGCGCCCUGCGCCGUCGCAGCAGUACCCAUGCAACCCACUCCGAGAUGGAGCCUGCCCUUGCUGAGACCGUCUGA